GAACAGUGAUCCAACAGAUCAGAAUAUAUAUGAUGUGACUGGGAAUCAAAAAGAAACCGGCUAUCUCAGUCAUAGCUUUUCAACAUACCAUACACACAUUAAUGAUGCCCACAGUGCUUCUCGUUCUUCAAGCAGCCAUCAAAGGUCCCCAAUCCAUUCGUCCGCCUCCCUCAUUCAUCUCACUCCCUCACUCCCUUCCCCCUCUUCAACAAGAUGGCCAACUUUCCCAACCUACGGAGGCUCUUCAUCGAAGCCAGGACCGAUGACGAAGAGAGGGAGGUCUCGCGCAAAGCUUUCUACAACGUGGUUCUUUUCAUGGGCUCUGUUGCUGUCUUCAGCCUGAUCGCACAGAGAAUGAAUGCUGGGAGGUAAAUCAAAAGAGACAGGAUGAGAACGAUGGGCUUGUACUGCCACUUCGUUGAUAUUCAUGUUGAAUUAUGGAUACGACGCUCAGGCUAUGAUACACGUAUCUGAAAACGGAAGCCCAAUUAGAUAUAGCAAGGUGUUCUCUUCUU